AUGUCUCAAAGUUCUCAAGUUUCUAACAGCUCCCAAGGCUCGGUUGUGUCCGCUCUAGGAGCCGCUGGGGCACAUAAUCAGGUGUGUCCAGCCUCUAAGUCAAUGCUGAUUGCUUCAGCAACGGGUCCUGGCCCUGCAAGUGACGCUCUUGCGGAGGCUCAUGCCCGAUUAGAGAAGCCCAUUUUCGCACCUCUUCCUAUUCCAACUGUCAAACGCAAGACUCCUGACAUUAAGCCUAAGAAUUGUUUUGCACCUCUUCGUCUUCCUUCUGUCAAACACGAGACGCCACCCCUUCAAAACACACCUACUCGAGUCGGUGGGGAGGCCACCAACUUAGCUUCAUCUUCACCCUUGCCUAGCUUCCACUUGAGCGACUACGAGAAUUGGCCACCGUCACUUGUUUUGCUUCAUCUCGAUUAG